CGGAAAUUUGUGCGCGUAUGUUUUUUUUUUAAAGAAAGUUAUACACGUUGCGUUUAUAUAAUUUACUAUUGUUAAAUUGUAAUUCUUUGUCCUGUACACAUUGCGUUUGUGUGAGAAAGCACAUUGCGCUUCUGAACGUAUCAGAAUUUGGCGGGCGAACCGGUAAUCGCAUCCAAUUACAUCCACGAGACGCCGAACGAAAAAUCGUCGUUGUGUGUUUUCGCUUCGAAGCUGUUAUUAGAGUGAAUGUUAAUAGAAUAAUGGAUGUCGAUUUGCCGUAUUCUGUCGAAUACGCGAAGAGUUCACGGUCUUUGUGUCAAAAUUGCAGGAAAUCAAUCGAGAAGGAUGUGCUGAGGUUGGCCGUUGUUGUACAGAGUCCUGUCCACGAUGGAAAGAUGCCCAAGUGGUAUCACGUCUCUUGUUUUUUCUUGAAACAGAGGCCAAAGACUACCGCGGACAUUGCAAAUUUUGAUAACAUACGUUGGGACGACCAGAAGGAUAUUGAGAAAAAAAUAGAGGAAGCAAGCAAGCUUCCAGUACCUGCGAGCGGAAGAGGGAAGAAACGUGCCAGUGGCAGCGUAAAGAAUAACCUUCUGAAAGAUUUCACGGUUCAAUACGCAAAAUCUAACAAAUCGGUCUGCAUAGCGUGCGAAGAGAAAAUAGUGAAAGAGGAGAUUAGAGUAUCGAAGAAAGAUUUCGAAAGCGAGAAAGGAAAAAGAUUUGGUGGUAUCGACAGAUGGUAUCAUCUCGAAUGCUUCGUCAAAGUAAGGGAUGAAAUACAAUUUUACGAAAGUGGCGAUUUACUGCCUGGUAUAGAAGGUCUUUCCAAAGAUGAUCAGAAGAAAGUUAAAAAUUCGUUGCCGAAAAUUAAAUCCGACGGUCCUCCGGCGGUUAAAAAAGUUAAAGACGAGCCAGAGGAUGCGGAGGAAGAGACAGAAAUGAAAAAGCAAAAUGACGAACUAUUUAAAACUAGGGACAUCCUGUCUCCCAUAAAAAAGAACGAUCUUAUUGCUAUAUUAGAGAAAAACGAGCAGCAAAUACCGGAAGGAGUAUCGGCUAUACUGGAUCGCUUAUCCGAUGUAAUUUGCUUCGGAGCUUUAAAGCCAUGUCCAAAAUGCAGCGGACAGCUCGUGUAUACUUCAGGGGUUGGAUAUAAAUGUACCGGGGACUUGACAGAAUGGACUAAAUGCGAAUACACGACUCAAGACCCAAAAAGAAAAAAGGUUUCGAUACCGUCGGAUUUGAAAGAGUCAUACCCAGAUAUCAAACUCCUAAAGACCAAAGUCAAAAGGAGGAUCAUCAAGGUCACCGCGCCAUCGACGUCUAGCCUAGUUAAAAAAGAAGACGAAGUCGACUCUGGACCUAAAAUCGAAGGAAAAUCAAAGCCCUUGAAGCAUAUGGAAUUCGCUAUUAUAGGCCGUACAAAGAAAGAUAAAGAGACUUUGAAAAGAAACAUAUUGCUUCUGGGAGGAGACGUAAAUGCGAGAAUUCACGAAAACUUGGCCGCGGUUAUAUCCACUCAAAAUGAAAUAGACAAGAUGAGCAAGAAAAUGGAACAAGCUAAAGAUCUUAAUAUUCAAGUAAUUACCGAAGAUUUCAUCGACGAAGCGAAAGAUUAUACGACGUCCGCUGUUCCGCUCAUUGCGAAAAAGACGAUUUCAAGUUGGGGCGGCGAUUUAUCCGACAGAAUUAAGUCCGUGGCAGAGAAAUCCGUCUCGAAAAGUAAAGGUAAAAGUAUAUUCGAGAAGUCGGGGUCCGGUAAAAUGAAAUUGAAAUUAAAGGGCGGCGGAACGGUCGAUCCGGACAGCGGCGUGGAAGAUAUUGCGCACGUAUACCAAAGCGGUAACACCAAAUACACCGUUACAUUGGCACUCGCCGACAUACAAACUAAAAAGAACAGUUUCUACAAGUUGCAGAUUUUGAAGCACGACAAACAGAACACGUUCUGGUUGUUCAGAAGCUGGGGUAGAAUAGGAACAACAAUUGGUGGUACAAAACUGGAUAAGUUAGCGUUGGAAGACUGUAUAGAACAGUUUGAGCAUCAUUACGAAGAAAAGUCUGGGAAUAGAUGGAGUCAGAGAGAACAUUUUGUUAAAGUGCCUCAUAAAAUGUAUCCGAUGGACGUCGAUGUCGAAGACGAAGUCUCGACGCAAUUGGACUCUGACAUUAAAAGCAAUUUGGAGCAGCCGGUGCAAGAUUUGAUGAAAUUGAUAUUCGACGAAGGAAACAUGAAGAAGGUAAUGGCAGAGUUCGAAAUCGACACGGAUAAAAUGCCCCUUGGGAAAUUAUCGAAGAAACAAAUACAGAAAGCGUACGCGGUGUUGACGGAUCUCCAGACGUUAUUGAAGAACGAAAACGUCGAGCGAAUGAUGUUGGUUGACGCAUCUAAUAAAUUUUACAGCUUGAUACCUCACAGCUUCGGUGUAGCUGAUCCAAAGAUCUUGGAUACGGUCGAAGAGAUUCACGCCAAGUGCGAAAUGUUGGAUGCGUUACUCGAGAUGGAGAUCGCAUACUCUCUUUUACAUUCCAAAACUGACCAAUCGAAGAACCCGCUUGACGCUCAUUAUGAACAGCUUAAGACGGAUAUCAAAGUAUUGAGCAAAGAUAGCAAAGAAUACACGGUCAUUCAACAAUACGUGAAGAAUACUCACGCGCAAACUCAUACGCAAUACGAACUCGAAAUCGAAGAUGUAUUUGUUGUUAAUAGACAAGGGGAAGAUACUAGAUACAAGCCAUUCAAGAAAUUGAAUAAUAAGAAGUUACUGUGGCACGGUUCUAGAACCACCAAUUUCGCUGGUAUAAUUUCUCAGGGAUUAAGAAUAGCUCCACCGGAAGCACCUGUUACGGGUUACAUGUUCGGUAAAGGUAUAUACUUCGCGGAUAUGGUCUCGAAAUCCGCCAACUAUUGUUGUACAAACAGCGAAAGUCCUACCGGAUUAUUGUUACUUUGCGAAGUAGCGUUGGGUAACAUGUACGAGAGGUACCAAGCAGAUUACAUCGAGAAAUUGCCGAGCGGCAAACAUUCGACGCUUGGUCGCGGACAAACGGAACCCGAUCCUGAGUGCGUUUAUAAAAUGGAAGAUAACGUUGAAGUUCCUUAUGGUCCACCUGUACGUGCCAAACUACCAAAGAAGUCGACUUUAUUGUAUAAUGAAUAUAUCGUGUACGACGUUGCUCAGGUAAAGGCGCGGUACUUGUUGAAAAUGAAAUUCAGGUACAAAACGUAAUGUUUUUUAAGCAACCGAGCUUGUUAACGAUGUUACAACAUUGAUUUCGUGCGUUAUGCCCAAUAAAACGCGUCUUCGUAUAUUAAACAUUUAAAAUAUAUUUACGAUACUACCUCCUAUACGAAUCUGAUAAGAAUAUUGAUAGUUUCCAUAAAUACAGUAUAUGUAUUAAGUUUUUUUUUUAUAUGCGUUCAAAAAAUAAAUUUAUUCAUACUA